AUGGAGCGAGACGACUAUGGAAUCAAAAUCUACAUGCCAUCCGCAUCAGCAUCCCCGAAAUCAUCCUUUCCCCCACCGCCGCCGCCGCCGCCUCCCCCGCCGCCGACAUCAUGCACCGCGUCGCUGUGCCUAACACAAGCACCGAAGAAGCCAGGGAGCAAGAGAAGAGCCAUGGCGAAAGGAGUGCAAGACACGAUGUCCAAGACCUCCAUGCUGGUCAACUUCCUCCCCACGGGGACCCUCCUGACCUUCGAGAUGCUGCUGCCGUCCGUCUCCAAGAACGGGGAGUGCACCCACGUCACCACCCUCAUGAUCUACUUCCUCCUCGGGCUGUGCUCCCUCUCCUGCUUCUUCUUCCACUUCACCGACAGUUUCAAGGGCCCCGACGGCAAGGUCUACUACGGCUUCGUCACCCCCAAGGGGCUGGCCGUGUUCAAGCCCGGGCUCGGGAUCGAGGUGCCCAAGGAUGACAAGUACAGGCUAGGGUUCACGGAUUUCGUCCACGCCAUGAUGUCGGUGAUGGUGUUCAUGGCGAUCGCGCUGUCGGAUCACAGGGUGACGGAUUGCUUGUUCCCUGGGCACGUGAAGGAACUGGAUGAGGUGAUGGAGAGUUUCCCGCUCAUGGUCGGUGUUGUGUGCAGCGGCCUCUUCUUGGUGUUUCCCAACACUAGGUAUGGGAUUGGUUGCAUGGCCACUUAG